UGCCGCGGUCCCCGGGAUGCUCAGUAGCCCGCUGCGUGGCCCCCGCGAUCCCGUGUUCUUCAGAAGCCGCUGGUUGCUGCAGAGUUGCGCGAAGUAGUCAUGGUGCUGUGGGAGUCCCCGCGGCAGUGCGGCAGCUGGACACUUUGCGAGGGCUUCUGCUGGCUGCUGCUGCUGCCCGUGACGCUGCUUAUCGUAGCCCGCCCGGUGAAACUCGCUGCUUUCCCUACCUCCUUAAGUGACUGCCAAACGCCCACCGGCUGGAACUGCUCCGGUUAUGAUGACAGAGAAAAUGAUCUCUUCCUGUGUGACACCAACACGUGUAAAUUUGACGGGGAAUGUUUAAGGAUUGGAGACACGGUGACUUGCGUCUGUCAGUUCAAGUGCAACAGUGACUAUGUGCCUGUGUGUGGCUCGAAUGGAGAGAGCUACCAGAACGAGUGCUACCUGAGGCAGGCUGCCUGCAAGCAGCAGAGUGAGAUCCUUGUGGUCUCGGAAGGAUCCUGUGCCACAGAUGCAGGAUCAGGAUCUGGAGAUGGAGUCCACGAAGGCUCUGGAGAAAGCAGUCAGAAGGAGACCUCCACCUGUGACAUUUGCCAGUUUGGUGCAGAGUGUGAUGAAGAUGCUGAGGAUGUCUGGUGUGUAUGCAACAUUGACUGUUCUCAAACCAACUUCAACCCCCUCUGUGCUUCUGAUGGGAAAUCUUAUGAUAAUGCAUGUCAAAUCAAAGAAGCAUCAUGUCAGAAACAGGAGAAAAUUGAAGUCAUGUCUCUGGGUCGAUGUCAAGAUAACACAACUACAACCACUAAAUCUGAAGAUGGGCAUUAUGCAAGAACAGAUUAUGCAGAGAAUGCUAACAAAUUAGAAGAAAGUGCCAGAGAACACCACAUACCUUGCCCAGAACAUUACAAUGGCUUCUGCAUGCACGGGAAGUGCGAACACUCCAUCAAUAUGCAGGAGCCAUCUUGCAGAUGUGAUGCUGGCUACACUGGUCAACACUGUGAGAAAAAGGACUACAGUGUUCUCUAUGUCGUUCCUGGCCCGGUCCGGUUUCAGUACGUCCUGAUUGCAGCUGUGAUUGGAACAAUUCAGAUUGCUGUCAUAUGUGUGGUGGUCCUCUGCAUCACAAGGAAAUGCCCCAGAAGCAACAGAAUUCACAGACAGAAGCAAAAUACAGGGCACUACAGUUCAGACAACACAACAAGAGCAUCCACAAGGUUAAUCUAGAGGGAGCAUGUUUCCCAGUGGCCGGACAACCGACAGCUUGGACUACACAAUACAGUAUUAGAGACAAAAGAGUAAGACGAGAUCUACACAUGUUGCCUUGCGUUUGUGGUAAUCUACACCAAUGAAAACAUGUACUACAGCUAUAUUUGAUUAUGUAUGGAUAUAUUUGAAAUAGUAUACAUUGUCUUGAUGUUUUUUCUGUAAUGUAAAUAAACUAUUUAUAUCACACAAUAUAGUUUUUCUUUCCCAUGUAUUUGUUAUAUAU